AUGUCCCUCUCCGACGUCCACCUCUUCACUGUCUACAAACCUUUGAUCGAGUCCGCUGUGAUUCAACUAAGCGACACCCACGAUGACAUUCUCAACGACACUCCUAUCCUUGAGAUCGACUGUGCCGAGCUGCUCAAACAAGUCCGCGCUCUCAGGACCCAGAAUGAUCUCUCCUCAGGCUCUCAUCCUCACAAUGCUGCCAUUGAGGCCGCUUGUCGCGAGAUUUUUCUCGACACCACUGCCACGGUUGAUAUUACUGAACCUGCAUUUAGUAUGGUGUGGGUGCUGUUUGACAUCAUAACUGUACUGUCCGACAAUGACAUGUGCGAACCUGGCCUGGCUGCAUGGCUUGUGGAAGACCUUCUCGAUACACAAACUAUUGAAGGUUGCAGGAAGGUCUUUGAUUAUCUCGAGUCUCGUAGGGAGAGGCUCAUUGCGAAGCACUUCAGACCCAAUAAGAAUCUCGUCCUGCUGAGAUGCUGUAACGAUCUCUUGCGACGUCUAUCCAGAGCCGAAGAUACCGUCUUCUGCGGUCGAGUCUUUAUAUUCUUAUUCCAGAGUUUCCCCUUGGGUGACAAGAGUUCCGUUAAUCUACGAGGAGAGUUCCAUGUCGAAAAUGCAACCACCUUUGACCCUGCGCUCAAGAAGUCGGAAGACGCAAUAAAACCUAUGGAACUCGAUCCAACCGAUGCGCAGUCUCACACCCCGCAAGCAACCUCAGAAGCUCAGACACCCGCUUCCCACUCCCAUUUACAAGACUCGGAUCAGAAGAGUUCCACGGCAAGAGGUACUCCGGUUCCUAGGCCCUCAAAAAUCUCCGAGUCCAAGGAUCCCGCUCCUCUUCCACCGCCCGAUCUUGAUGCGUUGUAUCCCAAAUUUUGGACCUUGCAAUCCUUCUUUUCCUCUCCCACCCGACUCUUCGAAGCCACCAACAUGUCCACGUUCAAAGACGGUAUCGAGCAAACUCUGUCAUGCUUCAAGAGUGUCUCACAAUCAUCCACUUCCACCACCAACUCUUCUGAUAUCAAGCGUGGUCUGAAGCGCAAAAGGACCAGUGAGUCCGAUGUAACCAGCUCCACAGUCUCGGCCUCAACAUUUAACCCGAAAUAUUUGACGAAUCGCGAUCUAUUCGACCUCGAGGUUCAUGAUGUUGACUUCCGCCGCCAUAUAUUGGUGCAGGCAUUGAUCAUGCUUGACUUCCUCCUUAGUCUGACAGCCAGUUCCAAGGCCAAAUUCGAAGGGCUAUCGAACAAGUCAGUGCUAUACGCGUACACGCUAUCUGACGAGGACACGAAAUGGGCGAAUGCCACCCGUGCUGCAAUUGCAUCCUAUCUCCAGCAGGGUAAUGGAAACGAAGGAAAAUUCUACUAUCGCAUGGUUGAUACGGUGCUGUCUCGAGACAAGAACUGGGUGCGGUGGAAGGCAGAGAACUGUCCUUCCAUCUCGCACGACAGCAUCGCACCCGAAGACUAUGUUCGUUCGAGAGACACGUUAACAAGGAUUGCCAACUCGCAGAAAGCGCCGCUCCCUGCGCCACCUGGAGCUGGUGACCUUGCGUUCCUAUCGCGUGUGGAGCCGCUCGAGGCUCUUAAGCAUCCAAGCAAAAGACGCAAGAUGCCGACGUUGGAGGACUACUACAAUGGAAUCCAGACAGAUGACCUGGACCUAGAUUUUGCGACCGAGGAAGAGAAGAAGGAAAUUGAAGAGCGCAAGGCGGGAAAGUUAUGGCGAGCGCUGAGGACCAGUGGCCGUAGAUUCGUGCUUUGUGAGAAUAUCCAGAGUGGUGCGAACCUCAAAGCUUUGAUUGAGAGCGGAGGGGAGGAUGGAGAGAAGAUAGACGAAACCAAUACACAGGAGCAGACACAGAACGACGAGAAUGCCGACCCGGACGUUGACGCAGGUGCAAAUGUGGAUGGAGAGGCCAAAGAAGACGGAGGGCAAGUCGAAUGUGAAGGCGAAGACACGAAUGAGGCAACAGGAGAAGCACCGAAUUCAACCGAGCCCAAGGAGGAAGAGAUGGGUAGCUCUGGCGAAGGGAGCGGGCUACAAGGCACAGUCCCUGCAGAUGCCGAGAUGAAGGAUGUUGAAGACGAGGAGCCAGAAGAUCCUGAUGUAACGAGGUCGCAAGGAGCCGAGUCUCGAGAGUCAGGCGAGGAGGCGGAAUGA